CUCGAAGAAUCCUUUGCACGCCCACAAUCGACUUGCUGCGUUAAUCAAGGACUUCCGGAGAUACUACCUACAUAUUCCACGACACUCGCAGCGGAUGAUAGACACCAAUUACAAGCUCCGCUAAACGUCACUUGGUCCAAGCGUGUUCCCAUUUCCAAGAACCCCAAUCGAUACUCGGGGAUCUUCGAACAGAACAUCGCCAAACUCUUGAUUACUCCAGACACUUAACGUGUCAAGCCCCUCGAAAUGGCGGAAGGGGAGCCAUCGUACAUUGACUACGAGGCCUUCCUCGACCCCGACUUCUCUCCGGCGAGCUUUGCCAAUACUCUCGUCUUGAGCACCAACAAUGCCACCGAUACACCACUUGAUCUCUCUACUCCACUCUCCCGAGUUCUCUUCGACCUCCAGGAAAUUGACACCCACAUCCACACCCUUACCACGAAGUCCGCACUGCCCCUAUUAUCACACACGCGAGGUCAGACCGAGGCUGCAGAACGUAUCCUGAAGGAGGCAGGGACGCAAAUCACCUCCGUGACUCAAGGGUACGAGCGAUUGGAAAAGGAAGUGGUGCAGAAAUGGAAGGCGGCAGAUGAAGCGCGCAUCGCUGCAGAGAACUCUUUGGCUACGGUCCGGCUGGCACGGGCCGUUGGACGUUGUCUGACGCUUGGUAGGCAGCUGGAGAGUCAGGUUGGGGAGAUUACGGGCAGAGGCACGGGGCAGCCACCCACGAAUGGGGCUGAUGGGACUCCGCCCGUGAGAGAGGGGUUCCGAGCGCUAGAACGGGCGGCAUAUACAAUCUUGAACUUGCGUCAGAUGUUCUCAGCUGAGACGGAAGAUGAUGAGGGAUAUAGACUGGAGCGGGUCAAGGUGAUGCGCACGUUGCGCAACGAGUUUGUGAUCCCCGCCGAAAACAUGGUCAAAGCAAGGGCGCAACAGACUAUCAACCGAUUCUCCUUAACAAGUCCAAUGGCUCCAUCCAACGGCCAUGCGCCGGUUCCCUCGAGCUACAAGCAGGUCCGUGAUGCACGGGCACGCUUGGGUCCUGCCGCCGCCACUCUUUAUCUCCUCUCACCCAUUCCAAAGGAUGGCGCAACUGUAUCAGAGUACAAGCCAGAAUUGCUCCUCUCGACGUUGCAAGGCUACAUGCACACGGCCAUUAUGACUUCGGCAAAUAGUCUCGCCAAGGCACUCUCGCAGCUACCCACGAUGGACCGAACUCUGAACGAAGUUGCUUCCCGAUGCCAAGAUGUCGCUGCAUUGGAGUCGUUCCUCAGGAACCUUCGCGCACCAACGCACCCUCUUUUAUCAUCUGCCUCGGGCGAUGGACCCGUUGAGGAGACCGAGACUGCAGGAAGUGCAAAUAAGACCAACUUGCUUCAACCCCUACUCAACGCCCUCGACACCUCGUCACUACCUUCGUAUUACUGGCGUUCGCUCGCAUCUUCCCUCACGUCACGGGUUCAAGAAAUCAUCAGUCGAGGCGGUGUCUCCGCGCGCACAUUGCGAUCAAACCGUGAUCGUCUCAAGACGGAAAUUAAAGAGUGCGUUCUACGAGCUUCCCAAGUAUCUGCUGCCAGUCUACUUGCGGAAAAGGGCCGCCAUGGAACCGAUAAUGUAAGUGUGGGCAACUGGGAGCGCGAAGCCGCCGUGAUGGUGAGCUCUGUGGUCGGGCCACUGGGCCGGUGAAACCAGCAAAUUGAGCAUACUACUCAUAUAUUCCGAUGAUAAUACCAGCAUUGCAUGUGACAUAGCUGUCGAAGCAUGAUAAAGCAUGAUAAUACAGAUACCCUUACAUAUGCCAAUCCACGAUGAAUGGAACAGGCACUUAUUGAUAUAAAUUACGCAUAUUAUGCCGAUCCAUAUGGGUCAUGGAUAUAGUCU